UCCAGAUUUCCUCACAGGGCCUGCUAAGUCCAUGCCAAAACUAGCAGUGAAUUUCUCCCUUCUAAUCUCCCCUAAUGCCUUACUUGAUUAUUGUCACUGCUCUCUGACCAUGCACUGUCCCUCCAGACUCUCAUUCCCCAACUGAGUCAGUCAGAGGAGGAUAAAUGUCCACUGGGACAUACCCUAAGACCCCAAACCACCUUGUUUCAUGUGAAAGGACAGAACGGAGAGAGAAGAGAUCAAGGGGAACCCUCCACGUUUAGCUGGCAACCUUUCCAUCUUCAUCUACUGGAUUACUGGCUGGACACAAACAAGAAGGGCUAUGAGUGGUCCCGGAGAGCGCUCUAGUUAACUGGAAAAGGGGAACUGGCUGGGAGGAGGAGAAAGCAGGCGGAGGGCAAGCAGGACACCUCAGUGCACCGCAGGAUGGUGUCGCCUCUGCCCUGUCUGUACAUUGUUCUCUGGGUAGAAAAUGCUCUAGGGAAACUUGAAGAUGAAGGAAACUUCUAUUCCAAAAACAUCAGUCGGAUCCUGGACAGCUUGCUUGAAGGCUACGACAAUCGGCUGCGACCGGGAUUUGGAGGUGGUGUCACUGAAGUCAAAACAGACAUUUAUGUGACGAGUUUUGGGCCCGUGUCAGACGUGGAGAUGGAAUACACGAUGGACGUUUUUUUCCGCCAGACUUGGACAGAUGAGAGGUUGAAGUUUGGGGGGCCAACUGAGAUUUUGAGUUUGAAUAACCUGAUGGUCAGUAAAAUCUGGACACCUGACACUUUUUUCAGGAAUGGCAAAAAAUCAAUUGCUCACAACAUGACAACUCCUAAUAAACUCUUCAGAAUAAUGCAGAAUGGAACCAUUCUAUACACCAUGAGGCUUACUAUCAACGCUGACUGUCCUAUGAAACUGGUUAACUUUCCUAUGGAUGGGCAUGCUUGUCCGCUCAAAUUUGGCAGUUAUGCUUACCCCAAAAGUGAAAUCAUAUAUACAUGGAAAAAAGGACCACUUUACUCAGUGGAAGUCCCAGAAGAAUCCUCAAGCCUUCUUCAGUAUGAUCUGAUUGGACAAACAGUCUCUAGUGAGACAAUUAAAUCUAACACAGGUGAAUACGUAAUAAUGACAGUUUAUUUCCACUUGCAAAGGAAGAUGGGCUACUUCAUGAUACAAAUCUAUACUCCUUGCAUUAUGACAGUCAUUCUUUCCCAGGUGUCUUUCUGGAUUAAUAAGGAGUCUGUUCCAGCCAGAACUGUCUUUGGAAUCACCACUGUUUUAACCAUGACCACUUUAAGCAUCAGUGCCCGGCACUCCUUGCCAAAAGUGUCUUAUGCAACCGCCAUGGAUUGGUUCAUAGCUGUUUGCUUUGCUUUCGUCUUCUCUGCUCUUAUUGAGUUUGCUGCUGUCAACUACUUUACCAAUCUUCAGACACACAAGGCCAAAAGGAAGGCGCAGAUUGCAGCCUCACCCCCAGUGACAAUAGCAAAAGCGACUGAACCCCUGGAAGCUGAGAUUGUUUUGCAUCCUGAUUCCAAGUACCAUCUGAAGAAAAGAAUCACAUCUCUGACAUUGCCAAUAGUUCCAUCCCCUGAGGCCAGCAAAGUCCUCACAAGAGCUCCCAUCUUACAGUCAACACCUGUAACCCCCCCACCCAUCUCUCUAACCUUUGGAGGUACCAGUAAAAUAGACCAAUAUUCUCGGAUUCUCUUCCCAGUUGCAUUUGCAGGAUUCAACCUUGUAUAUUGGAUAGUUUAUCUAUCCAAAGAUACAAUGGAAGUGAGCAACAGUGUGGAAUAGCUUGCAGCCAUAAUAACCUGUUUUCAGUAAGUUCUUGUUUUCUGAAUUUUUAAAAAUAGCAAUGAGACUUGUAUAGAUGCUUUUCUGAACAUGAAAUCAAAAUUGAAAUCUCUAACAUAUAACUUUGAGUAAGCCUGUAUGGGCAGAAAAGCAAUAAUGUUACUUUUCACAAUUGGAAAGUGGAGGUUGCUAAAGAAUAUGACUUUUCUGUACAUUAGAGAAAAUUUUAUAAAAGGAUACAAUGGAUUCAGGAUGAAUUUGUCAAUCUUUGUCCUUCAUUGUUCAAUAUUUUAAUUGUCACUGUGAAUAACAUUUGUCACAAAGCAGAUAAAAUAAGAAAUGCUGACACUUCUAAUGGUUGCCUUAAAAUAUAUUUAUUUUUGGCUUAGUUCUGAAGAGAACAAAAUAUAAACAGUCUAAAUAUUUAUCAGGAGGUUAAUACCAGCAUGUUGGAGGCCUUUAUGCUAGUAAAAUGGCUUUCAGGGCACUGUAAAGCCUGCAUUGAGCUUAGCCAUUUGUUUCAAACCUUGCUGUGCUAUUUUACGUCAAUAAAGUAUGUUGUUUUUAUACAUAUGAAUUAUACAUAGAUCAUAAACUAUAUAUGCAUUGUAUAUAGCUUCAGUUGGACUGCAGUAUAGGGUUGUUUUAUCUCAUUAAGUUCUUCUUUUAAAAUAAUAUGUUCAUCAUAAUUCCAUGAAGUGGUAGAAGGCUUGUAUAUUAUGACUGUUCUUAUAUCUCAUAUUCUUUAUCUUUCUAAGUGUAUCACUAAACGAAACAAUAAUAAACAUGGUUCUCUGGAUCUGUUUAAUAAAGCUCAGAAGAGUUCCCUCAA